AUGCUCUGCUUUUUACUGAUUGCAGCUCUUUCUAUUCGGCAGCCAAAACAUGACGAAGGCGAUCUUUUAGAGGAAGUUUUAGACGAAUUAAAAUCACUACGCCAAGAGCUAAAAGAAUUACAGGAAUCUUUACCAAAAGAAAAAUCGGAAUUCAUACACUUUGGCAAAAUUUUAACAGAGCAGGAUCUUCCGAAGGCCCCUGUACCAGAACCGGCAGUAAGGCCCCCAGAUACAGCUGCAAGGGAUAUACCACAAUCAGAUGUUCCAAGCUCCCCCUUACCAAAGCCGGCAGCAAGGCCACCAAAUCCAGAUGUGGUGGAUUCAGCACGGCCAGAUGUUCCACCAGCAACUCCAUCACCAACGCAGAUAGAUAUUACCCUUUAA